UACGUCGAUGUAGCUUGCGUGACUCAUAGCAGAGUGGCUGCAAGCUGUUAAAAAAACAUAUUUAGCUCAUUAGUUAGCUGGGUCAAGCGCUGCAUAUUGCUGGAUGGGGUAGUUAAACAUCGCGUGACAGCUGAUGGUUUGACGGAUGCGGAUUGACCUUGUGCGCCGGUUUCACCACCCAUUUCUAAAUGUAUGCUACUCCCUGACAAAAUUCCCCUGUGUUACUAAUUAGUCAUUUUGUAGUUCAAUUGAUUUGUCACGUGCAUACGUUGACUUUGUCAAAAAACUCAUGCAAAUUUGGUCGGAAUUCCGUGACAUGUUUUGCUAAGAACAACACGCCGGCUCCACUGGAAUGUUCUGAGUUGCUGUUUCCCGUCGGCCAUGUUAGAAAAUGCGAGAUGGAAAGCUAACGAGCUAGCUAGUUAAUCCUAGCAACGAGAGUGAGAUUUGUCCAUAAAACAAGUUUCAAUUUGAUUUUGUUUACUACCACCUGGCUGCAGACAGGUCCGCAAAAGCAAGAUGGCUAACUAACUUACUUUUGAGACUUUUCGGGGAUGAAAUAGCUAGUUAGUGCAAGACAUUUUACACUUGCGAGCAGGUUCGGCUGGGUUGGGCCUGUUGCGUUUAUUUAACCAUGAUGAAGCCACGCAAACAUCUUAGCCUGGGCAAUGGAAAAAUAAACACCGGUGAGGUGGAGGGGGAGAAGAUUCUGUCUGCAAAGAAUUUUGUUGGUAUCCCUCUUCCCACCCACAGCAAUGGUAACAGACAUUUGAUAAAUGCUAACGUAAAACAGAAGUCAACACGCAAUGUUUUUACCACUCUUUCAAAAGUUGGCAGCAAAGAGGGUCUUGUUCACAAGAAGAAUAUGGACCGCAUAAGUGACAAGGCCCAGGAUUUCACUAAUCACUAUGAGGGAAAGUUUUUGGACAAAAAGGAAUCUGCUUUGUUUCUGAAUGGGGUGGUAAACUCUGCUCAUAUUACAAAUGGUUACUCCAGCAAGUCACCCCCUGAUAAUGAUGGCAGUGGCUCAGAAGGUGGAUAUACUACUCCUAAGAAACGCAAGACCAGACGCAACAGCAUCAAGAACACAGAGCAUGUGACAAGAGAAAGGGAGAGAGUCAUGCAGCAGGGCAAUGCCACACAGGAGCCAGAGGAUUCUGAACUUGAACCAACAGAGAAAUUGGUGAGCUCGCGAAUUGACCAUAAAGCAGACGCCCAGACAGCAGUCAAGCGGAUGGAUGCUCCAGAGGUGGCUAUGGGUGAACUGCAGAAGAAAAACUCAGACAGUAAGACUGCUGCAGGUGCCUUUGGUAAAAAGUUUGAGAAUAGGCCCAAAGCCAAGCUCUCCUCCUCUUCGAAAGAGGACUCUUGGACUUUAUUCAAGCCCCCUCCAGUAUUUCCUGUGGACAACAGUAGUGCUAAAAUAGUGCCCAAGAUUAGUUAUGCAAGUAAAGUUAAGGAGAACCUCAACAAAGCAGCCCAGGCUGGAGGAGAGGUGCAGACUCCUCAGGUGCCUGGUAGACUCUCACAGGUCCCCAUGUCUGCUAUGAAAACCAUCAUCUCAGCUAGCUUUACUAAUGGCCCCGUUUCUGGAGAUGGAAAUAGUUGCCCGUCUGUUGGUACCUUCUUCACUCCUGCUGCUAGUAGUAUUCCGCCAGCCCCCUCUCUCCCAUGUGGGGAGAACGUAGCAUCUACUUUGGACAAUGACUAUAACUCUUUAACCAACCCUGCAGCUGUAGAUCUGAGAAAGUGUACUCUUUUCAUUUACCCCCUAAACCCUUUAAAUAUGCAACCUGUGCUCCCUAGUGCUCGCCAAGUGGACACCCAGGCUGCUCAGACAAAUCAGAAAGCCUUGGGGGACAUUUUCCAGAAUCAGUGGGGGCUGUCUUUCAUCAACGAGCCAAACGUGGGGCCAGAAGGAGGAAGCGGCCCGGUGGCUGCCGUGGAGGGCAAGGCUGCGGUGGUAACAUUUCAAGGGGAGCAAUGCCCUGCUGCCAAGCCAGUCCUUGACUCUAAUCUAUCAAUCCCAGAGCCUUUGCCUCUCACUUUGGCUCAAGACUCAGAGAAAAGGACUAGUGCCCCAGCUUGCCCACCUGCUACAGUGAAGGGUGAGGAUGGGGAAAAGACUCAGCUGUCUAGACAGGAGAAGACAAAGGGCGAGGCUAAGAGUCCAGGUGCAGUUUUGUUGGCCUCUUGUAAAGACAGUGCUGAGCCUGCCCAGGCCCCCCUGACCAACCUAGUGUUGGGACUGUCUAAAGAGCCGCCCCAUUCUAAGAGCCUGGACAGAGGUAGCUGGGGGUCGUUUGAUCUGAAAGCUGCUGUUACUUAUCACACUAAAGAAAUGGAAUAUGUUUUCAAUUUGCAAAAACAAGAUCCAAAAAGAGUAGUCUGUUAUGACAAGACCAAGGAUGGACCUGAUCAGUGAGGUAGUGAAUGUCAACAAUUACAUGUACCUUCUCCCUACCUGGGUGCUGCAGAUGUCUUCUUUGGCAGUUAUGAUCCCUUUGGAAAACAAAAUCGAGUCAACUGUGAUAUUGGGACAGAAAGAUGCAUGUCCUGUGACAUACAUUUAUUGGAAUACGGAAUGGGAUUAUGGGAUUUGUUUUUUGGGGGGUGCGUCAGAGAAGAGGAAGAUGACAAGGGAAGGUGUAAUAUGAGGAAAUAUUAAUCCAAUUAUUGGCAUUAAGUUGAGCGCAGGAGCUUCGGCUGACGCUCUGGACUACACAAAGACUCAAACACUUGAAAGAAAUUUUGGGUGCCUCUCCCAUGUGAAUGGACACUUGUGACACUUUCUGCUGUAAUAGAUGUUGGUCUCAUAAUAGCUCCUUCCUCUGGGUGUUGGGGACAUAAGACUGAGGAAGGUGCAAACUGCACCUCCUGAGCCUUUAUCCUUUUGCCCAUUGAACUGUGGUGACUAUGUCUGACAGUAGGAUGCCUCAAUCAUUUUAUUUCCUCAUGCAUUCAAAUUAGUCCAGUAUAUGUAGAUUUGUGUAUGUGUGUAUGCAUAAAUCAUAACAUCAGUAUAUGUGCACAUUUGAAUACAUUUUAAAAGAAAAUGAACUAGAAAUUCUAAGAAUGCCUUGAAAUUUACAAAAUGUGAAGAUUAUGAGAAGGCUGGUAGUAUUGAUAAGCCUGUUAGGCUGCAGGUUAAAUGAGAAAUAUAUAUGUUUAGGGAACGCAUUUGUCUUAAUUACUUUAGUGAAUUAACUAUGCCCAGCAAAGACCUGACUGCUUGGUAUCAGUUUUGACAACUAUUUUACUCUGUUUUGUAUGGUUUAGCGAUUUCAGAUGUGAUCUACAGUAGCAACAAACUCCCAGAGCACAGAUAGAGACGUGUCAAAUCAGAAUGAAACUAAAGCCAUGUCAUAAUCUCGUGGUUCGGUUGUCAGUUUUUGGUAGCCGUGCUAAUCAGUAAAAAAGUUGCGGCAUUAAUUGUCUUCAUCUGAGUUUAGCUUUAUUUGUACUUUUAUUUCUUCUUAAUCCUUGCUGUUUUCAGUCUACAUAUUUCAUUAAUUUCAGAUUAAGAUUGAUGUAGGCUAUUCCUUAAUUUUAGAUGUAGGUUCUCUUGAGCUUUUCACUUGAUUGUGGGAGUUUCCGGGAAGAUGAGAAAAGUGACAUUGUGGAGCAAGGGCUAUCUAUGUAUGUGAUAUUUCAAAAUAACUUUUUUUUUGUUUGGUGUAUUUCAUCAGUAAGGAGGUUCAAAAUGUCUAAUUCAUUAGGCCUGUCUAAGCUAUAUUUGCUGACACCAUGUGGAGAAAUGGCAAAUUUCUUAUUUUCUUGCUCAAGCAAUUUGCUUUUGAUUUGCUGACCAACCUGUUCAGCAUAGGAUACUAUUUGCCCUUUCAGCAUUUGGUCUUUAAUCUCUCUCUCUUAUGACAAUGUAUUUCUUGCACGUGUUUACUGGUGUGGAUGAGAUGUGAGAAGUCGCAGUAUAAUAUAACCAAGCAAAUAUUAGACAGAAAACAAUCGCAAUACUAAUCAUUUCAUGUCCCAGACCAGCCGCUAUUUGUUAUACUGUGCAUAGAGAUUUGGUGGUGAUGGCGUUUCAUAAUACCGUAUCAUCGAGUUAGUCUUUGAUCAAAGUGACUGUCAAGAGGCCUAAACAUGUCCAGGCAGGCCAAAUUUGUCAAUACAUUGAGUGGACAACCACGAUGUCAUUGGUACUACCAUCUCCCUCUCAGUUGGGUUUUUGGUUUUGCGCUAAGGAAGGACAUUUCGUUUCUUUUCUCUAGCAUAAAUUAUUUGGUUGUGUGGAUUAAUAGCACUUUAUU